GCCAAGAAGGGAGUCGUUACCUCGGCUGCCGCAUCCUCGAGGGAGUCGUGCGGGUACCUCCUUACCCCCAAGCCCGCUGAUAGCCCCACAGGCUCUUGUGUGCUCCCGACUCGGCCAGCCGCUCACCACUCGCCUUGCGGACCGAGCGAGCCUCCGGCAUCAUGUGCGGAAUAUUUGCUUACUUAAACUACCAUGUUCCUCGCACAAGACGAGAAAUCUUGGAGACCCUAAUCAAAGGCCUUCAGAGACUGGAGUACAGAGGAUACGAUUCUGCUGGUGUGGGAGUUGAUGGAGGCAAUGACAAAGAUUGGGAAGCAAAUGCCUGCAAAAUCCAGCUCAUUAAGAAGAAGGGGAAAGUAAAAGCACUGGAUGAAGAAGUUCACAAACAACAGGAUAUGGAUUUGGAUAUAGAAUUUGAUGUACACCUUGGAAUAGCUCAUACCCGUUGGGCAACACACGGUGAACCCAAUCCUGUCAAUAGCCAUCCACAGCGCUCUGAUAAAAAUAAUGAAUUUAUUGUUAUUCACAAUGGAAUCAUCACCAACUAUAAAGACUUGAAAAAGUUUUUGGAAAGUAAAGGCUAUGACUUUGAAUCUGAAACAGACACAGAAACAAUCGCCAAGCUUGUUAAGUACAUGUAUGACAAUCGGGAAAGUCAAGAUACCAGUUUCACUACCUUGGUGGAGAGAGUUAUCCAACAAUUGGAAGGUGCUUUUGCACUUGUAUUUAAAAGUGUUCAUUUUCCUGGCCAAGCAGUUGUCACAAGACGAGGUAGCCCUCUGUUGAUUGGUGUACGAAGUGAACAUAAACUCUCUACUGAUCACAUUCCAAUACUCUACAGAACAGGCAAAGAUAAGAAAGGAAGCUGCAAUCUCUCUCGUGUGGACAGCACAACUUGCCUUUUCCCUGUUGAGGAAAAAGCGGUGGAAUAUUACUUUGCUUCUGAUGCAAGUGCUGUCAUAGAACACACCAAUCGCGUCAUCUUUCUUGAAGAUGAUGACGUAGCAGCGGUGGUAGAUGGCCGUCUUUCUAUCCAUCGAAUUAAACGAACUGCAGGAGAUCAUCCUGGAAGAGCUGUGCAAACCCUCCAGAUGGAACUCCAGCAGAUUAUGAAGGGAAACUUCAGUUCAUUUAUGCAGAAGGAAAUUUUUGAGCAGCCAGAGUCAGUUGUGAACACAAUGAGAGGAAGAGUCAACUUUGAUGACUAUACUGUGAAUUUGGGUGGUUUGAAGGAUCACAUUAAGGAGAUCCAGAGGUGCCGGCGUCUGAUUCUUAUUGCUUGUGGAACAAGUUAUCAUGCUGGUGUAGCAACACGUCAAGUUCUCGAAGAGCUGACUGAGUUGCCGGUUAUGGUGGAGCUAGCCAGUGAUUUCCUGGAUAGAAACACGCCAGUUUUUCGAGAUGAUGUUUGCUUUUUUAUUAGUCAGUCAGGUGAGACAGCAGAUACCCUGAUGGGUCUUCGGUACUGCAAGGAGAGAGGAGCUCUAACUGUGGGGAUCACAAACACUGUCGGCAGUUCCAUAUCAAGGGAGACAGACUGUGGAGUUCACAUUAAUGCUGGUCCCGAGAUUGGCGUGGCCAGCACAAAGGCUUACACCAGCCAGUUUGUAUCCCUUGUGAUGUUUGCCCUUAUGAUGUGUGAUGACAGGAUUUCCAUGCAAGAGAGACGCAAAGAGAUCAUGCUUGGAUUAAAGCGGCUGCCUGAUUUGAUUAAAGAAGUACUGAGCAUGGAUGAUGAAAUUCAGAAACUGGCCACAGAACUUUAUCAUCAGAAGUCGGUCUUGAUAAUGGGGCGUGGCUAUCAUUAUGCUACUUGUCUUGAAGGGGCACUAAAAAUCAAAGAAAUCACUUACAUGCACUCUGAAGGCAUCCUCGCUGGUGAAUUGAAGCACGGUCCUCUGGCUUUGGUGGAUAAGUUGAUGCCUGUCAUCAUGAUCAUCAUGAGAGAUCACACUUAUGCCAAGUGUCAGAAUGCUCUUCAGCAGGUGGUUGCUAGGCAGGGACGCCCAGUGGUGAUUUGUGAUAAGGAAGAUACCGAGACCAUUAAGAACACAAAAAGAACAAUCAAAGUGCCCCACUCAGUGGACUGCUUGCAAGGCAUUCUCAGUGUGAUCCCCUUACAGUUGCUGGCUUUCCACCUUGCUGUGCUGAGAGGCUAUGAUGUUGAUUUCCCCCGGAAUCUUGCCAAAUCUGUAACAGUAGAAUAAGGAGCAUCUGAAACUCUGGGCGAUUAAGCAACACAAGACACCUUUUGUAUUUAAAACCUUGAUUUAAAAUAUCA